AUGGGUGUGAAGUGUAGCCGCUUCAAGAAGCUCGGACUUGGCUUUGCUCGAGAAGGGUCGAAAUACUCUUUAAGGAAAGUGCUCUCGUGCGCGAUUCAAUCUCUAUCCAAGUUCACGUUCGUUACGUCCCGGAGAUACAACGUCGAUACACAACAGAAAGGUCAUAGGGUUACUUUCUUGCUACCUAAGAAAGCUCAGAAACAAUUGGGACAUCAGAAUCUGUUCCCACAUGGUAUUGUCUUUCAUCCUCUUACUAUACCUCAUGUUGAUGGCCUCCCUGCUGGUGCCGAGACAGCCUCGGAUAUCCCCAUCUCUUUGGUGAAGUUUUUGUCUAUAGCCAUGGAUCUUACACGCGAUCAGGUUGAAGCCGCGAUUCUUGCCUUGAGACCAGACCUGAUCUUGUUCGAUUUAGCUCAAUGGAUUCCAGAAAUGGCUAAAGCUCAUAAAGUCAAGAGUAUGUUGUACAACGUGAUGUCAGCUACCUCCAUUGCUCACGACCUUGUCCCAGGAGGUGAACUAGGAGUUCCUCCACCUGGUUAUCCUUCAUCAAAGGCGUUGUACCACAAACACGAUGCUCACGCAUUGCUGACCUUCUCCGGCUUCUACAAGAGGUUUUAUCAUCGGCUCACCACAGGUCUUAUGAAUUGCGAUUUCAUUUCGAUUAGGACAUGCAAAGAAAUCGAAGGUAAAUUCUGUGACUAUAUCGAGCGUCAAUACGAGAAGAAGGUUCUCUUAACCGGUCCAAUGCUUCCUGAGCCAGACAAGAGUAAACCACUUGAAGAUCAAUGGAGUCACUGGCUGAGUGGGUUUAGACAAGGCUCUGUACUGUUCUGUGCAUUGGGAAGCCAAACCACUCUAGAGAAAAACCAAUUCCAAGAACUCUGUUUAGGAAUAGAGCUUACAGGUUUACCGUUUCUUGUCGCGGUAAAGCCACCAAAAGGCACAAAGACAAUUCAAGAAGCGUUACCAGAAGGGUUCGAGGAAAGGGUGACCGGUCGUGGAAUGGUUUGGGGAGAAUGGGUGCAACAACCAUACUGGCAACCAUUGAUAUUGGCUCAUCCAUCAGUAGGCUGCUUUGUGAGCCACUGCGGAUUCGGGUCAAUGUGGGAAUCUCUAAUGAGUGAUUGUCAAAUAGUCUUUAUUCCAGUUUUGAAUGAUCAAGUUCUCACCACUAGAUUAUUGACUGAAGAACUCGAGGUCUCCGUUGAGGUACAAAGAGAAGAAACAGGAUGGUUCUCAAAAGAAAACUUGAGUGGUGCAAUCAUGUCUUUGAUGGACAAAGAUAGCGAGAUAGGGAACCAAGUGAGAAGGAACCAUUCCAAAUUGAAGGAAACUUUGGGUAGUCCUGGAUUAUUAACCGGUUACACCGAUAAGUUUGUUGACACUUUGGCGAAUCUAGUCAACGAGACAAAUCUUGAAUGAAAUAUCUUACGUACAAAGGAUUACGUUACGGCUGUGUUUCGAAUAAGUCAAUGAUAUGUACCAUUGUAUCUUCUCAAGACAUUACUUUAAUUUACAUUAAUUGUAUUAUUGUAAAACAAGACUCUCUUAUAAAGGACAAAAGAUAACUUUGCGCAAGUCACAUGGCACAUGCAAUCAUUAACUUAAACUAUAUUAACUUGAAGCACCAAUCAACCACUUAUAAUUCACUCAAAAUACUAAUCCCUCACUAAUUAAUAU